CUUUGGCCUGUCAUAACAAAUCUGUAUGUUGUGUUAUUGCUUUUGCUGCUAAUUUGUUCAGUCAUUUAUUCGGAACGUGUACUGUUGUUGGCUAAUAAUUCCUCACGAUUCGAUAACUAUAUGAAUUGCCUUCGGUAUAUUUAAUAAACAAUGUGAUGUGCACAAAGAGAGAGGGGGAGGGUGAAUUGCAAAUCACUUUAGGAAAAUAAAUCAGGUUUUCAACAAAGCUUAUGGAAGACGGUUACAAAAAAAACAAAACAUUCUUAUCAAUGUUCUUGAUUAAUAAUAUGUAGUUUAGCCGGCUGUUAAUUCAUUAUUAAUUCGAGGCUCCUGACUAAACUGUAUCGUUACAGUUUACAAAUUACAGUUCCUUAUUGCCAAGUUUGCAAUUAAUUUAACAAUAACAGAUUUGGCGUGCACAAGUACCGUAUACAUUUUCUGUGCAACUUCUGUUAAGCACGUUGAAUAGUAACACGGUGAUUGUAAUAUUUUAAUUAUCUAAUUAAUAAUAUUAAUAAUAAUAAUAAUAAUAAUAUGGCAAACCAGUUUUUGUACUCAAGUAAAAAUGCACUCAUUUCUGCACGUUCGUCUUGGGAGCCUUCCUCUCCUGACCAGCUCUGGGAUGUUUUGUGCUUGGUUCCUGCUGAGUUAUCAGAAAAAUGCUCAGGUGACUCAAAUAAGUACGGAUGAGCUAGUGUUUCUGGAGCAGCCGCAGGAUAAUGGGGGAGAUUCCCCCUGUGUGCUUCAUCUCCAGUGUACCUCGCAGGGAGGCUGUGAAAUCGCCUUUCUGCAGGUGGUAAGCGAGGCUCGCAUCAUAGAGGUGUAUUCAGACACAGAGUACUGUGGCACUUGUCCAGGAGAGAAAGUCAGCAGUUUGCAAAUCAAUGGUGUUAAUGAAAGUAUUUCAUUGUAUAAGAAACGGGUACAUCUCGAGUGUCCUGUGACGUCUUGUGAAGUGAAGUUACUUUCCCUAGGUAGAAAAAACAGAGUGGGUGUUAAUAAUGUUUUGUUAGGAGUGAAACCUGUCAAAAAGCUUGCAAGCUUUCCUUCAGGAGGAACGAGCAUUGACCUGGAGCGAGUUCAGACAAUGGUGGAGUCCAUGGGAACCAAGCUUUCCCCAGGAGCACAGCACCUCAUGGACAUGGUCCAGUUUCAGCAGAAGAACCAGCAAGAUAAUCUGGGAGGCUUUCUGGGGCUUCUCAUGGGAAAUAGACAGUUUGCAGCUCUUGGAAAAGAAAAUGCAGGAUCCAGGCCGACCCCUGACGUCAAUGCACAAACUGCAGAGGAUUUUGAAUUAGCAGGGGACAGCUUGGAUCACAACUCUGCUUCUAGCCUUGAAGCAGAAGUCACUGCGGGAGGAGUGCUGACUACUGAAAAUCUUCAGCAUCCUUUUGGAGUGGACAACGGGCCCCCCCCUGCAAACCAAAUCACAGACAUGGUCUCAUCCUACCUGCGUAACCAAACCAAACAGAAGCAGAACACUAUCAGUGUAGACAUGCUGCCGUUCCUUCAGAGUGUGUGCGGUCAGGUGAAACAGCUGCGCAUUGAGGAUGGAGCACAGAAGAGUGAAGCGGUGCAAAGGAGCAAGCCAAGUCCAGAAUUGGAAAAGGAACACGUGUGCUGCUCUUCAUUAGAGAAGGUGCUUGAGAAGCAGAUGGAGAUGAUGGAGAAAAGACUCAUGCACUGCAUAGACCAGCGUCUGAAUGCACUGGAGGACAGCCUGGAGAGAAAGGUCCAGUCCGCGCUGGACAUUGUUCGGAGGGCUGAUGGCCCCAAUACGGUCAAACAGGACUGUGGUUGCCAUGGAGCACUGGUAAAUGGAAAUGCAUAACCAAGACCAAUCAGACAAUGAGCAGAGUAAAUGAAAUGGGACUCUAUUCAGACAAUUAUAAUGCGCGCAGAUCUAAAUACUGCUGCUAUUUUAUGUUGUUAAAAUAGGGCGUUAAAUGUAUUGUUAAAAACAAAACACUAAAGAGCACUGUUACCAGAUGCCUUACCUUGGUACCUAAUGGGCCAUUUUUAGACCUACCUCUGUUUAGUUCAGUUGAACAGACCCGCUUGUGUGUGUUACUAAUGAAGUUAAUAUUUGAGCUGCAUAGCCCCAGACCAUUUACCAAAAUAGUAAAAACCCUCAUUCUUGUUCUAGCCCCCCAUCACCAGUUUGACCAGAAUGCAGCUUGUUGUUGACAGCAGCAGCAUUUUAGAAAGGGAUAUUGUUUUUAAGUAAGUGUAUGUUGCAGUUUGAGUGCAUUUAUUUUUUCUAAAACGGUAUUAUACAAGAAACCACUAUCAGUUGAUUAUUUUUUGGGUUAAAUUUUUAAUGCACAAAACCAUAUCCUGCUUUCAUGGUGUACUCUGCACAAUGUGAUAUUUUCAAGAUAUAAACCUUUUAAAAUGUUUAUGGUAACGUUUGAUUAGUGCAGCAUUUUUGUUAAAGGGAGGUGUUACAUUCAGGCAAUUAAAGAAUGUGUAUUUAUAAAGUUAA